AUGGUUCUAUUGCUCAUUCCAUUAGCCACUAUCAUAAUCACCGUUUUCAUGCUUUAUCAACGACGGUGGAGAUCCAACAUACCGCCGGGACCACCACCGCGAUUUCUGAUCGGAAACCUUAAUCAACUGAAACCACUUUGGACACAUUCUUUCUCAGAGUGGUCAAAGACUUAUGGUCCAAUCAUAUCAGUGUGGUUAGGGACACAACUCGCUGUUGUGGUCUCGACCUCAGAUUUAGCUAGACAAGUGUUGAGAGACAAAGACUACCAGUUGAGUAAUCGACAUAGAACCGCGAGGAUGACACAGAACGGUAGUGAUCUUAUUUGGUCCGAUUACGGUCCACAUUAUGUGAAACUGAGAAAACUUUGUACACUCGAGCUUUUUUCUACGAAAAGCAUCGAAUGUUUCACGUUCAUGAGAGAGAUGGAAGUAAGAUCCAUGGUUAUGUCGAUUUUCAAGGACUUGGUGAUCGAUGAUCAGAAACCGGUUAUGUUGAGGAAUUAUCUUGGUUCGGUUGCUUUAAACAUUGUAUCAAAAUUAGUGAUCGGUAAAAAGUUGGAGCCAAAAGAAGGAAAAGAGUUUAAGUCCAUAGUAGAAAAGGAGACUCGCUUACCCGGCGCAAUGAAGCUACUUGAUCACGCAUUGUGGCUUAAACGGGUUUCUUCGUGGUUCACUAGUGACAAGGUGUUCUUGAAGCACAUGGCUCGAAGAAGACAUUGGUUUAGACAAGCCGUAAUGGAUCAGGAAGAAGAAUAUGGAGAAAGAGAGAAAUGUUUAGUUCAUAGUCUUUUAGUGUUGAAACAGAGGAAUGAGCUAAGCGAGGAGACAGUAAUGGGACUUGUUUGGAACAUGUUAACCGCGGGAGCUGACACAACCGCGAUUACUAUCGAAUGGGCAAUGGCAGAGAUUUUAAGAAACCCGGCCGUGCAAGGAAAAGUACAACAUGAGCUUGAUUCCGUGGUUGGAACCAAAAGGUUAAUGUAUGAAUCAGAUAUACCAAAACUACCAUAUCUUCAAUGCAUAGUCAAAGAAUCUCUCCGGCUUCACCCUCCAACUCCAUUGAUGCUUCCACACAAGGCUAGCGAAUCGGUUCACAUAGGUGGAUACAAAGUUCCUAAGGGAACAACGGUUUAUGUCAAUGUACAAGCGAUUGGUCGAGAUCCUACAAAUUGGAGAAACCCGAAUGAGUUUAGACCAGAACGGUUUCUUUUGGAGGAAACCGAUGUUAAAGGUCAAGACUUUCGUGUUCUUCCAUUUGGGUCAGGAAGACGUGUGUGUCCAGCUGCACAACUUAGCAUGAACUUGAUAACGUUAGCACUUGGUAAUUUGUUGCAUUGCUUCUCAUGGACUUCAUCUACACCUCGUGAAGACAUUGACAUGUUGGAGAAACCUGGUUUAGUUUGUUACAUGAAGACUCCAUUGCAAGGUCUAGCUUCGUCUAGGCUGUCACAAGAGUUAUACCUUGAGCUUUACGCUAAAAUAGAUUAA